AGGACCCCGGAGUUACUGGAAGCGCAAGAUGGCGACGGCGGCGGCAGCGGCAGCAUCGGCUUCGGAAGCGGAGGCUGAGCCCAAGGCCGGGCCCAAGGCCGAGGGCGAGGAGGUUGAAGCUAAGGAGGCUAGAACGAGGAGGAAGGUGUUAUCGCGGGCCGUGGCCGCCGCGACGUACAAGACCGUGGGGCCGGAGUGGGACCAGCAGGAGGAAGGCGUGAGUGAGAGCGAUGGAGAUGAGGAGUACGCCAUGGCUUCCUCGGCCGAGAGCUCCCCGGGGGAGUACGAGUGGGAGUACGACGAAGAGGAGAAGAACCAGCUGGAGAUCGAGCGGCUGGAGGAGCAGCUGUCUAUCAACGUCUAUGACUACAACUGCCACGUGGACCUGAUCCGGCUGCUUCGGUUGGAAGGGGAGCUCACCAAAGUGAGGAUGGCCCGCCAGAAGAUGAGCGAGAUCUUUCCUUUGACCGAAGAGCUCUGGCUGGAGUGGCUGCAUGACGAGAUCAGCAUGGCCCUGGACGGCCUGGACAGAGAGCACGUGUAUGACCUCUUCGAGAAAGCGGUGAAGGAUUAUAUCUGUCCUAACAUUUGGCUAGAGUACGGCCAGUACUCAGUCGGCGGGAUUGGUCAGAAAGGUGGCCUUGAGAAAGUCCGCUCUGUGUUUGAAAGGGCCCUCUCGUCCGUUGGGUUACACAUGACCAAGGGACUCGCCAUCUGGGAGGCUUAUCGGGAGUUCGAAAGUGCCAUCGUGGAAGCUGCCCGGCCCAUAGCUGGCUUCCUUUCCCCUUUUGACCGGGAACAAACCUUUGAUUCACAGCUGGAGAAAGUCCACAGUCUCUUCCGGCGACAGUUGGCGAUCCCACUCUACGAUAUGGAGGCAACGUUUGCAGAGUAUGAAGAAUGGUCAGAAGACCCCAUACCAGAGUCAGUAAUUCAGAACUAUAACAAAGCACUACAGCAGUUGGAGAAAUAUAAACCCUAUGAAGAAGCACUGUUGCAAGCCGAAGCACCCAGGCUGGCUGAAUAUCAAGCAUACAUCGAUUUUGAGAUGAAAAUUGGAGACCCCGCCCGCAUUCAGUUGAUCUUUGAGCGCGCUCUGGUCGAGAACUGCCUUGUCCCAGACUUAUGGAUCCGUUACAGUCAGUACCUAGAUCGGCAGCUGAAAGUAAAGGAUUUGGUUUUAUCUGUACACAGUCGUGCUGUUAGAAACUGCCCGUGGACAGUUGCCCUGUGGAGUCGGUACCUCUUGGCCAUGGAGAGACAUGGAGUUGAUCAUCGAGUGAUUUCGGUGACCUUCGAGAAAGCUCUGAGUGCUGGCUUCAUUCAGGCCACUGAUUAUGUGGAGAUUUGGCAGGCGUACCUUGAUUACCUGAGGAGAAGGGUCGAUUUCAAACAAGACUCCAGUAAAGAGCUGGAGGAGCUGCGGUCUGCGUUCGCCCGCGCCUUGGAGUACCUGAAGCAGGAGGUGGAGGAGCGUUUCAGUGAGAGUGGAGAUCCAAGCUGCCUGAUCAUGCAGAACUGGGCUCGGAUUGAGGCUCGACUGUGCAAUAACAUGCAGAAAGCCCGGGAGCUCUGGGACAGCAUCAUGACCAAAGGGAACGCCAAGUAUGCCAACAUGUGGCUUGAGUAUUACAACCUGGAAAGGGCCCACGGUGACACUCAGCACUGCAGGAAGGCUCUGCACCGGGCCGUCCAGUGCACCAGCGACUACCCGGAACACGUCUGUGAGGUGUUGCUCACCAUGGAGAGGACAGAAGGUACUUUAGAAGAUUGGGAUAUAGCCGUUCAGAAAACCGAAACUCGACUGGCUCGCGUUAACGAGCAGAGAAUUAAGGCUGCGGAGAAGGAAGCAGCCCUCGCCCAGCAAGAGGAAGAAAAGGUUGAACAACGGAAGAGGGCCCGGGCAGAGAAGAAAGCGUUGAAAAAGAAGAAGAAGACCAGAGGCUCGGACAAGAGCAAAGCUGAUGAGGAUGAUGAGAAAGAGUGGGGCGACGAUGAGGAAGAGCAGCCUUCCAAGCGCAGGAGGGUGGAGAACAGCGUUCCUCCUGCUGGGGACGCCGAGCCGGGCCUCUCCGGGAGCAGCGCCCCUGCGGCCGCGGAGCCUCCCUCUGAGCAGAAGGGGCAGCGGGCGGCCGCCCGGAGGAGGGGUGCGCCCAAGGUGCCGCGCGACAGCGGCAAGGACGGCGUCACCGUCUUCGUCAGCAACCUGCCCUACGGCCUGCAGGAGCCUGCCGCCGUGCUCCGGCCGCUCUUCGAGGCCUGUGGGGAUGUGGUCGAGGUCCGCCCCAUCUUCAGCAACCGCGGCGACUUCCGGGGCUACUGCUACGUGGAGUUUAAAGAGGAGGCGGUGGCCCUGCGGGCCCUGGAGCUGGAUCGGCAGACCGUUGAGGGGCGGCCAAUGUUUGUCUCCCCCUGUGUGGACAAGAGCAAAAACCCAGACUUCAAGGUGUUCAGGUACAGCACUGCCCUGGAGAAACACAAGCUGUUCAUCUCGGGCCUGCCAUUCUCUUGCACGAAAGAGGAACUAGAAGAGAUCUGCAAGGCCCACGGCACUGUGAAGGACAUCCGGCUGGUCACCAACCGGGCUGGCAAACCCAAGGGCCUGGCCUACGUGGAGUAUGAAAACGAAUCCCAGGCGUCUCAGGCCGUCCUGAAGAUGGACGGCAUGACUAUCAAAGAGAACGUCAUCAAGGUGGCUAUCAGCAACCCGCCUCAGAGGAAGGCUCCGGAGAAGCCAGAGGCAAGGAAAGCCCCGGGGGGCGCCAUGGUGCCGCGGCAGAUCUACGGAGCGCGGGGGAAGGGGAGGACCCAGCUCUCUCUGCUACCCCGCGCCCUGCAACGCCCAAGCGCCACCGCGGCCCAGGCUGAGAAUGGCCCUGCCCCACCGCCGGUGGCCACCGAGGUACCCAAGAUGUCCAAUGCCGACUUUGCCAAGUUGCUUCUGAGAAAGUGAGUGGGACUGUGCGAGAAGGGAAAUGCCUUACUUGACGCUGGCCGGGAAGACGCCUGGUGCCCAGCUGCGCCCUGGCUGUGCAGGACCCAGUGCAGCGCCCGUGGCCACACGCUCGCUCUGGUUUAGGUAGGACGGGAAAAGGGUGUCCAAGGAAAAAAGAGGCUUUAAGUGCUCCCUCAUAUUGAGGGCGAGAGGACGAAAACGGUCACUCCACAGGCUGGGCGCAGGGCACAGUUUCCUAAGAUGUGUCUUAAAGAGUGAGAAACAGAAGUGAAACGUGAACACACCAUUUUGAGACCCCCUUGUCCAAAUAUUUUUGGCCACCUCUGGUCCCCUUUUUAUAAGACACUUCUCUUAUACCCUGCACAGCACAUGUGCCCGUCACUCUUUUAAUUUUUAAAAGACAAAAUGGCAGAUGUUAGUAAUUCACCAGAAUGGCCUAUUUUAGUAAAGGGGUGGGGGCAAGGGGCAUCACAUAAAAAACAUCUGAUGGGCCUUUGUUCACGGGGGCUGUGCGUUUUUUAUAUUACGUAUUUGUAAAUGACACGUCAACCCACUGUUUUGUUUCCUAAAAGCAAAAUACUUGUGACAUUUGUUUUGUAUAGGAAUUCUGUGCGCCAUCUGCUAUGGACGUUUUUCUUUGCCUAGUGACUAGUGAACUGUGUUCUUUGUCUAAAUAUUGAGUUUCAGCCUUUUGGUUUUGUUUAAAUAGCAUUGUCAAGUGCAAACUUAAAUUCUCCCCAUUUAGCUUUGUUUAUUAAACUGAAGUUCUCUUAAAAA